AUGCCGGGUAGACCAAAAGUCAAUAGAAGAAAGGAUGCAAGUGAAAAAGGUGCAACACAUACUGUGUCAAAGGUUGGGAAAAUUUUUUUGUGUAGUGUAUGCAAGCAAGCAGGACAUAACAAGGUUACAUGUUCUCAAGCUGAAAAGCCAACAAAAUUCAAGGUAAAGAAAAGGAAGAGAGCAUAUUGUAAUGUUGGGGAAGGAAGCAGUGGUAAGAAGGCAAAGGAUGUUACAGAUGAGCAAGGAAGUAAGGGUAAUAAGGGCAUUAAUGGUAAUGUCGGGGAAGGAAGCAGUGGUAAGAAGUCAAUGGAUGUAACAGAUGAGCAAGAGCCAAGAGAAUGUUUCGAAUUAAGUGUGAAUGUUUGCUGUUAUGUAUUCAAUGUUGUUAUGUAUUGA